AUGACGUUUUUGUUUCGGAUUCUCGCUUUGUUGAUUAUUUCUAUACAUGUUGCCGCUCAAGGCACACAGUUCAUCACUGGUCCCUGUGCUUCCGACUUAGACUGCGCGUCUGCGUGCUGUGGCUUCAAAAGCGGUAAAUGUGCCGGACCUGUCGUCGCCCAAGAAAGAGACGGAGGGUGUGGUUUUGGUAAUCCUUCGCCGAACGAUAAUGCUGCAAAAGCGAUAACAGGUGGAACUUCGUUGAACGGCCAAGCUGGGCAGGCUAAUUCUGCAACGCCAUCGUUCAAGACUGUGAGGGUGGCACCAAGUAGCACCUCGUCCGCUGCGGGGACACAGUUCAUCACAGGGGCUUGUACAACGGACGCCGACUGCGCUUCAGCACGUUGUGGGUUCAAAACCGGGAAGUGUGCUGCUGUAGCUGUGGCACAAGAGAGAGAUGGAGGGUGUGGAUUUAGAGAUACGCUAAAGAACCGUAGAUAG